AUGGUGAAGAUGCUGGUGUUAUUUGCUCAGGGAAGUGAACCAACCUGGCUGGAUGAUGUUCAGUGUACUGGAACUGAGAGCUCCAUAGAUCAGUGCUCACACAGAGGAUUUGGAAAUGAGAACUGUGGAUAUCAUGAAGAUGCUGGAGUCAUGUGCUCAAAUUUACAGAGUCCCACACUGACUCAGAUCUCCCCAAACUCUGUGGUCUCACCUGGAGAAGUCCUUAAGUUCAGAUGUUCCAAACCCAGACCAACAUGCAUCUCUGUAGACUUCAGUUUAUAUAAAACUGGGACAUUAAUAAAGACGCAAACUGCAGAGACUACAACAACAUUUACUCUGACUGUAGAUGAAUCAUACCAGGGCCAGUACACCUGUGACUACUCAUACAGGGAAAGUAACUCCACAUCAUCCAGGAGCAGCUCCAUUACUAUCACUGUGGUAACCUUACAGCAGCCCAGUAUCUCUGUCAGUGCUGGUGGUGGAUGGUUCUAUUGCAAGACUGACGGACCAGAAGUUACAAGAGGCUACAGCUUCUCCAUCAUCUGCUCCACUGAACCUCAGUAUCCAGGAGGUUCCUUCCACUUAAAGCUCAGUGGAUCCAACAUCACCAGGACUCAGUCAGCUGUUUACCACUCAGCUGUCUUUCUUUUUCCUGAGGCAGAUUUUGUCCAUCAGGGAAACUACAGCUGUACUUAUGAAGUGAAGGUGUUUUUACGCACCUUUAGCUCCACUGCCACUGAACCCGUAUUCAUCACUGUAAAAGCAUCUCCAACUCCCUACAUUGGUGCUGGAGUGACAGCAGGACUGCUUCUCAUCUUAGUUCUAAUCAUCAUUUGCAUUUUGAAGACACGGAAAAGACGGAAAUAUCAGGUGCACGACAAGGAACAGUUUUUCCAAAACAGUAAAUUUAAGUAAGCAAAUUAAUGCCACAAUAAUGUAAAAUUCUUGAUUCAAGAAUUUUUUUUAUAGC